UAACCCUUUCCCACUAGUGGAAGGACACGUGCGUUGCAGACUCUCGGACCUGGGAGGCCCAACUUUUCUACUCAAUGCCAGGAAUAUUCCAACACAACGGACAAGGGAAGUAAGGAGAGGGAUCAUGGCCGCUAUCCUCGAUGGACUGGGAUAAAUUUUUAGGACCUCGGGAAAAUGCCUGGCUGUUCACAUGGCGGAGAUUCAAGACUGCGUACGUGAAAGGGAGACUGCAUUUGAGGGCCAGUUCCACCUCGUGCAGGACUGGAGACAACGACUCCGGGGGCUCGUCUGCAUGCCGAUGGACCGCAAUCCAGGGGCGACAUACGUCGUCUGUCCGACGGUAUACGCUAGAGCACUACGAGAUAUGUUCUGGCAUGGAGGAAGUUUUAGCAUGUGUACCUUAUCGGCGGAUGAGGCACUGGCCACCUGCCGAAGAAAGUACGAAGAGCGGGGCCUUAAGGAUCUGGGAGCAUGGCGCAAGAAAGGGAGAUUCGGCGACAUGUAUGUCCUACCGAAACACAAAGAUCCCGCGAGAUGGCGGUCGAUCGCCCCUGCUUGGAAUUCGCCCUCGAAGGUUGGAGCGAAGAAGGUGGCUAAAGCUUUGCAAUGUAUGCUCGGAAGCCUGGUGAGGGGUCUGCACUUUAACACCUAUUCGUCAGAAGAUGCAAUCAAGAGACUACAUGGCUGGGCAUCUCAUUUGGAGAAGGGACAGGGAGUGAUGACAGCCUCCUUCGACAUCACGAACAUGUUUGCUGAGCUACCACAUGCGGCGAUCCUGGAGUCACUCGAAUGGAUGAUCCGGAUGAUGGAGGCAAAAGGAUUCGACAGGGUGAAUGUGAACUGCCGGGGAAAGAAGCUAGCGAUGGGAAAACAGAACAGGGACGGACACUUCCCUGUGAAGUUUGAUCGUAUACGGAAGUGGGUCAGAUAUGAGCUGGAGUUUUCCUACAGUCUGGCCGAGGGUGAGCUGAUACAGCAAAUCCAGGGGAUCCCCAUGGGGGGUCACACGAGCCCUUCCCUCGCGUGCAUCCUUUGUGUCCGUAGUGAGGCCCAGUUCAUGUAUGAACUGGGGACACUUCGGAAGAGGAUCCUGGGAUUGAGACUCAUGGACGAUGUGGCUGUCUUUGUCCGCUUCGUUCAAGAGAAGACGGAAUCAGCCUGUCAAGCAAGGGACAUACUUGAGAAACUGAAAGGAUGCUACCCUUCGUCCCUAUCUCUGGAACGGACGCAUGCUGACGACGGGACGCCCUCGUUCCUGGGGUGUAGGAUCCUUGUCGAUCAGGAAGGACCGAAGAUCACAUCGGUACUGCAGAUGAAGAACCAAGACUGUAUGAGUGGAGACCAACCACUGACGUUCCAGUGCAUCCAGGACUUCAGGUCCUAUAGUGACAAACAGACCAAGACCUCCAUGAUUAAGAGUUAUCUGCACCUUAUCGUGCGAUGUUCGAAUGAUGCUGCACUAAGAGAUCUUCCUGUGGCCUGCCUGAGGAAAGAGCUCCGUACGAGACAUUUCCCUGUGCCCGUAAUUGAAAAAGUGGUGCAAUCUUUUGAAUGUGAUCAGAGGGUGAGACUAGGAAGGGAACCCUCCAUCCACGAAGGAUGGAGGUAGAAGAGAGAGAGAGAGAGAGAGA